AUGAAUGAGGGUGUUAUACACACAAGACGAUAUGUAGAGAAGAAAGAAGAUACCGAAAUCCUAAACUGGCUGACACCGACUGACUACGGGCCUCAACAAACCGACUACUUGAAGAGGCGCCAACCAGGCACAGGACAAUGGCUUCUUGACUCCGAUGAGUAUACGAGUUGGUUCAGAGAACCAAACAAGACGUUAUUCUGUCCCGGGAUCCCUGGAGCUGGAAAGACGAUCUUGACAUCAAUUACCGUCGACGACCUUGAGAAGCGAUUUGGCAGCGAGACUAGCGUUGCAGUCGCCUACGUCUACUGUAACUAUAAGCGCCAAAGCGAGCAGACUACUGAAAGCUUGUUGUCGAGUCUGCUGAAACAGCUAGCUCAAGGCCAGCUUUCUUUACCACAAAAUCUGACGGAGCUCUACGAUCGGCAUAAGCGAAAACGAACUCGACCAUCUGUGGACGAGAUCUCCAGAGCAAUCGAACUGGUAACGGCCCAGAAUUCCCGGGUCUUCAUCAUCGUUGAUGCACUGGAUGAAUGUCAGGCUUCUGACGGCUGCCGUGCAAAGUUCUUGUCAGCAAUUUUCAAUCUUCAGACCAAAACGGGAAUCAAGAUUUUCGCGACCUCUAGGACAGUGCAGGAGAUCACAGACCGAUUCAAAGACAGCCCGUCAAAAGAGAUUGGCGCAACCAAAGGCGACAUUCGCAGAUAUUUGCAAGCGCAUUUGUCUGAGCUUCCAGGAUUCGUCGCCAGUCAGCCUGACCUUCAAGAUGAGAUCAUAACAAGCAUAACAAAAGCUUGCGAUGGGAUGUUUUUGCUUGCACAGCUCCAUUUUGCCUCAUUAAAAGGCAAAUAUACACGAAGAGCUAUACGAACGGCAAUAGGAAAGCUGGCGACCGGUUCAAAUGCUUACGAUACUGCGUACCAGUCCGCCAUGGAAAGAAUACAGGGACAACUCCAAGAGCAGGCAAAGCGCGCCAAGGAAGUCCUAUCAUGGAUUACAUGUGCGAAGAGGCCGCUUACCAAACUAGAACUGCAACAUGCACUGGCCGUCAAAAUUGAUCAGCCGAACCUUGACCAAGAUAACCUCCCGCAAAUAGGAGAUAUGGUUUCUAUAUGUGCUGGGCUGGUGACUGUUGAUGAAGAGAGCAGUAUCGUCCGCCUAGUUCAUUACACAACACAGGAAUACUUUCAACGGACUAAGAGCGACUGGUUUCCCGACGCACAGGGCUCCAUCACGGCAGUCUGUACCACUUACCUUGCCUUCACCGAUUUUUCAGACGGAUAUGUGGCAACAGACAAAAAACUCGAGGAACGGCUUAAGUUGCACCAUUUUUAUGACUACGCGGCUCGCAACUGGGGAUAUCAUAGCCAAAAAGGAUGGAACUGUCCAACUGUACUUUCCUUUCUCCGGAAGCCAGCCCAAGUCGAAGCAUCAAGCCAAGUCCUCGAAAUCCGCAAAGAUUGGACGUUCCAAGGUUAUAGUCAGAAACCAGUAAAGCACACGUCCGGAUUACACCUGGCAGCUCGUUUCGGCUUGAAGGGAGCUGUUGCAACACUAGCUAAGGAUUUCCCCCCCGAUGUUCCAGAUAGCUUUAGGCGGACGCCAGUGUUGUUAGCAGCAGAAAACGGGCACGAGGCCGUGGUCCGGCUGCUGCUCGACACGGGGAACGUCGAUCCCGACUCGAAAGAUCGCGACGGCCAGACGCCGCUGUCGUGGGCGGCAGAGGACGGGUACGAGGCCGUGGUCCGGCUGCUGCUCGACACGGGGAGCGUCGAUCCCGACUCAAAAGAUCGCUACGGUCGCACGCCGCUGUCGUGGGCGGCACGGAACGGGUACGAGGCCGUGGUCCGGCUGCUGCUCGACACGGGGAACGUCGAUCCCGACUCAAAGAAUAGCUGCGGCCAGACGCCGCUGUCGUGGGCGGCACGGAACGGGUACGAGGCCGUGGUCCGGCUGCUGCUCGACACGGGGAGCGUCGAUCCCGACUCAAAAGAUCGCUACGGUCGCACGCCGCUGUGGUGGGCGGCACGGAACGGGCACGAAGACGUGGUCCGGCUGCUAGCAAAGAAAACCAAUUCUGAUUCUACCGAAACUACUGGACUGGCUGCACUCCAAUGA